AAUACCUCCAACUCCCGGAGGAAUAGAUAGAAGCUAACACCAAGAGAGAAAGUGAUUUGGCCCCAGGCAGGCAAGAAAAUGUGCUCUACUAAAUCCUCGAAGCUUUUCUUCCCACGCACAGAAGAUUUCCCUGUCUCUUGCCUCAUUCCUUUGGGAUUUCUUUAUGAUGACAGUGGGGAAGCCUUGGGAGCUCAGCCUGGGAGGGAAGGGCUUCGUCGUCCGUUGCUGUGCCUCGAAAGGACCGGAGUGGAGCCACUGACAAGAAGCCUUGCAAUGCAACCCGCCGAGAAAUACGCUGUCAAAUACAAAGGAUUUUAUUUCCAGCCAGAUUGUUGUUCACCGGAGCACAUAGAUUCCCUGGAGGAUUUUGAAAUCAGGGACAGUGAUGUGUUUCUAGCUACUUAUCCAAAGUCAGGAACAGUAUGGACUCAAAAUAUUUUGAGCUUGAUUUUGCACAAAGGUCAUCGAGAUGGAACUGAACACAUAGACUUACUAGAUAGAGCUCCAUGGCUGGAGGCCAAUGUCCGCAAUAUGGACUACGUCAAUCGACCGUCACCUCGACUCUUUACUACCCAUCUACCCCACUAUUUAGUACCAAAGGGAUUAAGGAAUGGAAGAGGAAAAGUUGUUUAUGUGGCCAGAAACCCAAAGGACGUUCUGGUUUCCUAUUAUCAUUUUACCAAAGCUGCACGCACACUAGAAAAAGUAGAUGACUUUGGGAUUUUCAUGGAGAGGUUUUUGUCUGGAAAAGUAAUUGCAAGUUUAUGGUUGGACCAUGUGGAAGGCUGGUACACUCACAGAGAUGACUUCAAUAUUCUAUUUCUUACCUAUGAAGAAAUGAAAAAGGAUCUAAGAAGCUGUGUCUUGAAAAUAUGCGACUUCCUGGGAAAGAGACUGACGGAAAAGGAGGUGGAUGCUGUUGUGGAUCAGGCUACAUUUAAUAAAAUGAAAGCAGAUCCCAGGGCAAACUAUGACUUCUUGCCACCGGAGUUCAUGGACUACAGCAAAGGACAUUAUCUUCGAAAAGGCACUGUUGGAGACUGGAAGAACAUGAUGACAGUCGCACAAAAUGAAAGGUUUGACAGCGUUUUUAAGGAGAGAAUGGAAAAGCUGCCCAUCAAGUUCUGCUGGGACAUCCAUGAGGAAUCAUGAGUCUGCCUUCAGCUUGGAAGGAUGAAAUAAAGUGCACUGUAUGCAUUUAAUCCAGGCCUAUUUGUAAGAGUUAGUGAGAAAAACUCUCACGUGGCUUAAUAGCCUCCUAAUAUAAUACUGUAAUAUGUGCAAGAUUUUUAAAACACCACAAUAAAAUUACAUUCGUAUUGUGCUCUUACUCUGUUUCUACA